GCGCCUGCUCGGCCCAGGAACAAUCGCAUUUUCCUUUCACUUUUAUCGUACAAUAGCCAGACGUCCAACAUGUCUUCCGUCCUGCUUUCACCGCGGGUCGUAUCUCACAGUGCAGUCCGCCGCGGGCUCCAAUACCCUGUGCUCGAAUUCCUCGCCCCAAGUACCACAAGCCGUGCACCACGCCAAACGUCACGCCUCUCCAGUACCGUAUCAGCACCACAACCACCACCUCCACAGUCUGAAUCUCCGCAAUCACGGCCCUCGCUGCAAACACAGAAAAAUGGCAAGCCAAUACGGCCGCUCACGCAAGAGCAGCAAGAGUUCCUUUCCUCUGCAUUGAGAGUGAACCAGACGGGUGAACUCGCCGCCAUCCUGAUAUACGCUGCCCAAUCGCCCGUCAUCACACGGUCACACCCGCACUUGCGACCACUUAUGAAGCACAUGUACGACCAGGAGGCAGGCCACUACAAGUUCUUUAAUGAGGUCAUCUCCAAGCACCGCAUACGACCCACUGCAAUGACACCAAUAUGGACCGCUGCGGCCACCAUGCUUGGCUGGUCGACUGCUGUCAUGGGUCGUGAGGCAGCCAUGGCCUGUACCGAGGCUGUCGAGACAGAGAUUGGUACCCACUACAACGAGCAGGUGCGAGUGCUGCUGGACUGGGCAAACAAGUGCGAGCAGCGGGGCGAAAGUCUGGGCCCAGAGCUGGACAAGUUGGUAGUUGAGCUAAGGAGGAUACGAGAUGAGGAGCUGGAGCACCUGGAUCAUGCAGUAGAGAAUGAUGCCAAGGAAGCGAAACCAUACGACUUGCUUACCGAAGUUAUAAGAGGAGGCUGUAGAGGAGCCAUUUGGGUGAGUGAACGUGUGUAGUGUGAUGUGAUGAAUGAGACGAAACAUGUAAAUACUGUAACAUAUUGGACACACAAGUAUGGGUAUUGAAUUGAGGAUCGCACGUCGACCUCAUUAUUAAGUACCCUCUCUUACUAGGGUCAAGCGGGUAUUGAUGUUCCUUGUCUUUCUGCGCAGAAAUUCAUUGUAUCAAGCAGCAAAAGCAGAAAGGAUUCAGAAUUGAAAAAAUGCAUAGAUGAAAACUAUAAUAUAGUAGUGCUU